CCCGAUCCGGGCAUUGAGACUGCUGCUCUAGGUACUGGUGAGGCUGCUGCCCUAGGUGCUUACGACGCUGCUGCUCUAGGUGCUGGUGUGUCUGCGUCCUCAGGUACUGGUGAGUCUGCUCUCUCAGGUACCGCGUCGGCUUCGGCCUCCCUCACCUUCACUCUUGACUCUGGGGCGUCUCGCUCCUUCUUUCGGGACCGCACCACACUCACGCCGCUUAGUCGGCCGGUUGCGGUGUCUCUGGCUGACCCCUCUGGGGGUCCGGUCCUGUCUCGUUUCUCCACAGUCCUCCCGUGUCCGGCGGCUCCCUCUGGCACCCUGUCUGGUCUCUACCUCCCCUCGUUCUCGACGAACCUGGUGAGUGGUGCUGACCUACAGGAUGCGGGUGUCCACCAGUUCACUCCUGCACGUCAGCGAGUGACCCACUGUACAGAGGCUGGCACAGGCGGACACCUGGCUACGUUCACCCGUCAGCCGGGGUCGAGCCUGUACACUCUGACCACUGCGUCUCCUCCAGUUGCUGAGUCUGGUAGGGUAGUUACGUCGGGUCAGGUGUUUGCUGCGGCGUCCAGGUCUGGUCCUGAGUCUGCCCCCUGUUCGUGUCGUCUCCUGUCUCACGAGACUCUCCUCUGGCACCACCGCCUUGGCCACCCCUCUCUGCUUCGGCUCAGAGGUAUGGCCUCCCGUCUUCUUGUGUCCGGUCUCCCCCGGUCCCUCCCUCCCCUUCCUCAGGGCCCUGGCCCUGCCUGUGUGCCCUGUGUCGAGGGGCGCCAGCGUGCUGCCCCUCACUCCUCCCAGUUUCCUUCGACAGAGGCCCCGUUGCAGACACUUCACAUGGACGUGUGGGGCCCAGCCCGCGUCCGUGGACAGGGUCAUGAGCGCUACUUCCUGCUCGUUGUUGACGACUACUCGCGUUACACCACAGUCUUCCCCUUGCGCAGCAAGGGUGAUGUCACUGAGGUGCUGAUCGACUGGAUCCGCGCAGCUCGUCUCCAGCUCAGGCAGAGCUUCGGCUCGGACUUUCCUGUUCUGCGUCUGCACUCGGACAGAGGCGGAGAGUUCUCCUCUGGCCUUCUGCGUGCCUACUGUCGUGCACGGGGCAUCCGUCAGACCUUCACGCUUCCGGACUCACCGCAGCAAAAUGGGAUUGCUGAGCGCCGCAUUGGCAUGGUCAUGGACGUCGCUCGUACGUCUAUGAUGCAUGCGGCUGCCCCCCAUUUUCUGUGGCCGUUUGCGGUGAGGUACGCGGCGCAUCAGAUCAACCUCCACCCCAGGGUCUCCAGGCCGGAGACCUCCCCAGCCUUGCAGUGGACGGGGAAGGUUGGCGAUGCGUCGGCGUUCAGGGUCUGGGGAUCUCGGGCGUUUGUCCGCGACCUGUCUGCGGACAAACUAUCCCCUCGUGCUGCUCCUUGCGUCUUCCUGGGGUUCCCCCCUGACGCGCCUGGGUGGCAGUUUUACCACCCCACCUCUCGCCGUGUUCUGUCCUCCCAGGACGUCACGUUUGACGAGUCGGUCCCCUACUACCGCCUCUUCCCCUACCGCACUCCGUCCCUCCCCCCACCCCCACUCUUCCUGGUACCAGGUCCCCCCCAGGUAGACCCCCUCCCCCCUCAGGGUCCUGCCCCUUCAGGUGUGUCCCAGGUAGACGCAGUCGAGCCUGUCGAGGUCACUGGUGACUCUGGUGCUGCUGAGGGUGCUGAGGCUGGGGGUGCUGUACCUGGGGGUGCGGAGCCUAGGGGUGCUGGGCCUGGGGGUGCCACGUCUGGGGGUACUGAGCCUAGGGGUGCUGAGCCUAGGGGUGCUGAGCCUGGGGGUGCUGAGCCUAGGGGUGCUGAGCCUGGGGGUGCUGAGCCUAGGGGUGCUACGUCUGGGGGUGCUGAGCCUAGGGGUGCUACGCCUGGGGGUGCUGAGCCUGGAGGAGCUGCGUGA